GCGUUCAAGUCGUGGUUGGAUACACGUUAGAGGAGUAAAUACAACAUUAUUCUACCAAUUCCAUCAUGGCAGCGACAUUAAUGCGUUCUGUUCUAAAAAGGAGGGUUCCUCUUCAGAUGGGAUGCCAGUGUUACUCCUCUGUGCUUAUUUUCAUGCUUGAGUGUCAAGAAGGAAGAAUGGGAGAGCACACCAUGUUAAACUGCCUCGUACCUGAACCUUGUACUUGACACUGCACAAGUCAGAUCUGACAGUGACUGCAUAGACUUAUGUGUGGAACAACAUUUAAAGCCCAUUACCAAGAUGUUCAUUGAUGGAAAGUUUGUAGAAUCCAAGAGUUCAGAAUGGUUGGACAUUCACAAUCCAGCCACCAACGAGGUCAUUGGCCGAGUACCAAAGGCCACACAGGAGGAGAUGUUGGCCGCUGUGGACUCAUGCUCACGGGUGUACCACACCUGGUCUGAAACUUCCAUCCUGUCUCGCCAGCAGAUCUUCCUCCGCUACCAGCAGCUCAUUAAAGACAAUAUUAAAGAGCUGGCCAAGUUAAUAACUCUGGAGCAGGGUAAAACCCUGGCUGAUGCUGAGGGCGACGUAUUCAGAGGACUGCAGGUUGUAGAGCACACAUGCAGCAUUACAUCCCUUAUGCUGGGCGAGACUCUCCCCUCUAUCACUAAAGACAUGGACACAUAUACAUAUCUCUUGCCCAUUGGCGUGUGUGCCGGUAUCACCCCCUUCAACUUCCCUGCCAUGAUUCCUCUGUGGAUGUUCCCAAUGGGCAUGGUGUGUGGCAAUACCUAUCUGCUGAAACCAUCCGAAAGAGUCCCUGGCUGUGCCAUGAUGCUGGCAAAACUGCUGCAGGACGCCGGUGCUCCAGAUGGAACAUUAAACGUCAUUCACGGACAGCAUGCCGCUGUGAACUUCAUCUGUGACCAUCCUGCCAUAAAAGCAAUCAGUUUCGUAGGCUCCAACCAGGCUGGCGAGUACAUCUAUGAGAGAGGCUCCAAAAACGGCAAGAGAGUGCAAAGCAACAUGGGGGCGAAGAAUCAUGGUGUUGUGAUGCCUGAUGCCAACAAAGAGAACACACUGAACCAGCUGGUUGGUGCUGCUUUUGGAGCAGCAGGUCAGAGAUGUAUGGCACUCUCCACUGCUAUCCUUGUAGGAGAGGCACGAAACUGGCUGCCUGAACUGGUUGAACGUGCAAAGAGUCUCCGUGUCAAUGCAGGUGACCAGCCUGGAGCUGACGUGGGACCUCUCAUCUCCCCGCAGGCAAGAGACCGCGUGAACAGCCUUAUUCAGAGUGGCGUGGAUGAGGGCGCCAAGGUGCUUCUUGACGGCAGGAAUGUGAAGGUCAAGGGUUAUGAAAACGGGAACUUUGUUGGACCGACCAUCAUUAGUGAUGUCACGCCAGAAAUGAAGUGCUAUCAGGAGGAGAUCUUUGGACCUGUUUUGGUGGUCCUGGAGGCUGACAGCUUGGAUGAUGCCAUCAAAAUAGUCAACAAUAACCUAUACGGCAACGGAACUGCCAUCUUUACCACCAGUGGUGCCGCAGCACGUAAAUACUCGCAUGAAGUUGAUGUCGGUCAGAUUGGAGUUAAUGUACCAAUCCCUGUCCCCCUGCCCAUGUUUUCAUUCACUGGUUCCAGAGGCUCAUUUAGGGGCGACACCAAUUUCUAUGGAAAGCAAGGCAUCCAGUUCUACACACAGAUAAAAACUGUCACUUCACAGUGGAAGGCAGAAGAUGCUACAUUGAAAUCUCCUGCUGUUACCAUGCCAACAAUGGGACGUUAAGUGUGAAUAACCUGUAUAAAUUCUGUCCUGAUCUCCAACUCUUCAAAACUACAGGUUUUAACUACUGUACAGUUGGGAAUUUUCAAAUGAAACUGACCUUUUCACAACUAAGCUGUUAUAUGUAGUGAAAUAAUUCUAUAAAUGUGAAUUUUAGUUAAUGAAAGUAUUGUUUCAGAUUAUUGUCUGUCUGAAACUUUUUGCCAGUUUGCCAUCCUAACUUUUUCUAAUAUUUCAUAAGGUAAUAGCCCCCUGUAAAUGUGCUUGGAGUGUGAAGGUGUUCUCUUAAGUCUGCAAAACGUUUGACUGCUACAAGUUCCAAUAUCUGUAGCUAGCUGCUUGGAGCAUUAACUCCUUAUUUUUUCUGAAUUAUUCAUUUCUAACAGUACCUCUGGUUAUAUUUACAUGUCUGUAUUCAUAUACAACAUUUGAAACUGUAUACUUAUCAACUGUGGUUGAAUAGAAGACUGUUUUGGGCUGUUUGCCUCAAUAAACCAUAAAAUGAAUUUGUUCCUAUGCAAGUUGUUUACUUCGCAAGCACCACUUAAAUAAAGUAAACCACUGGUGGUGGUUGAGGAGAGUCCCCCUAUCCUAUGUAAAGCGCUUUGAGUGCCUAGAAAAGCGCUAUAUAAAUGUAAGGAAUUAUUAAAGCAUUUCUAUUGCUAUUUCUCAGGGGUUGAGAAAAACCCUAAGUAUCAAAUUUUGGCACAAAACUUGUCCUGCACCGUUUGCGCUACAGAUAUGAAUGAUACCUCUUAUUGUGCAGCUUGUUGAUGAGAGAUGUGCUGUUAGUUUUCUAAAUAAUCAGACUUUCACCUUAUGGAAUAAAAUGGCUGCAAAAAAAAAAAAAAAA